AUGGAACUGGCGGAAGUACCGGAACAUGAAGGGCCCUUCUUCUGGAAGCAGGAUGGGCCGCAGGGAUCUAUGCAGUUCAAGCUCCGCACCAUCUUCGAGGAGAUCGAUAUGGUCUGGAGCUGGCCCGUCGACGUCAACUACCAGAAGGCGCGUGCCUUUUGCGCCUUGAAAUCCGAGCAGGAUGGUUUGGCUGGCAGCCCUGAGGCGUACCGCCUCAUCACGGAGGCCGAGCGUCAGUUGAUUCGGCAUCCGGAGGCGCGCACUGAGAACAUGGCUUCCAGGGCCUACGACCGGGCCAUGCACGCAGGUGGUGAAGAGUAUGCUCUUUCUGGCCGGAAUGCUGCCAAUGCCAACCUAACCUAUGCCUCUCACAACGUUUGGGAAUGGACAGAGGACCAUUUCAACCCGCUUGAUGGCUCCAAGGUCCAUUGUACCUACGACGACUUCUCCACACCGUGCUUUGAUGGGCGACAUCACAUGAUCAGGAGCAUGCGGUGGAAGCCUCCGGGCUCUAGGCAUCGGGUGCGCAGUGGGUGGCCCCUCUUUUGA